AGCUUGCUGGUUGACAGUUAGCUCAGAAUAUCAACAAGCUUCGAAUGGAGUCUUUUCCUUGAGUCGCAGUAUAAAAUGCUCGGUGAGGAACUACACCCUGUCUUUUUCCUAUUCGUUACGAAACUAGUAGGGAUUCUGUAAGAAAAUAUUUUUUUUCUUUUUAUAUCCACUGCAGAUGGAUAUGUACAUUUUCUUAAAUGAAUAUUAAGAGUGUGCAAUUAAUUGCAUUGUUAAAAAAAGACAACAAAUGGUUAAUUAUACUGGCUACCAAGAGACGAUGAGAAAGGUUCCCCCUGUACACAUCAUUUGAAGAGAACGAUCAAGGAAGUGGUCAGAUGGAGAAUCUGAGUCAGUCACAGGGGCUGCUUUAAAGGUUAACAGGAGAGGAUGUGGCUCUUCAUCAGAGCAAGGAUCAAUGGGACACCAAGAGGCCAAGUAACCCAAGGCCAGGAUAGUUGCUGGAUUCUCAGAAGAUGAGAAAAAACAUAUGCACUGCUUUCACCACUGACUGCAAGAAAGCAGAGGAAGGAAGUAGUACAUUAAAGCUCAAUACAUUUCAGGAACUCAAGGCCCAAAGUACCCAUACUAAUCCCUUAAUGAAGAAAAUGAAUGUCAUGUCAACCUUUGUAACAUUUGAGAACCUCCACGAGGUUCGUAGAUUGUGCCACUGGGGCCCAGUCAUAGCACUCUCCGUCAUUGCAAUAUGCUCAACCAUGGCCAUUCUAGACUCCAUUAUUUGGUACUGGCCACUUGACACAACAGGCGGCAGUAUCAACUUUAUCAUGCUCAUCAACUGGACUGUCCUCAUCUUAUAUAACUACUUCAAUGCUAUGUUUGUUGGACCUGGAUACAUUCCUAUCGCCUGGAAACCAGAGGAUCAACAAGAUGCUCAAUACCUACAGUACUGCAGAUUGUGCCAGGGGUACAAAGCUCCCAGAUCUCACCACUGUCGAAAGUGUAACAGGCAAGUGUGUGUGAUGAAGAUGGACCACCACUGCCCCUGGAUCAACAACUGCUGCGGCCACUUGAACCAUGCCUACUUCACCAGCUUCCUUUUACUGGCUCCAAUGGGAUGCUCUCACGCUGCCAUCAUCUUCAUUAUGACCAUGUACACCCAGCUGUAUGAGAGGAUAUCUUUUGGCUGGAGUACUGUAAAGAUUGACAUGAGUGCUGUUCGGCAGUUUCAGCCCCUCAUGCCCUUCAGUGUGCCUGCCUUUGCUGCCACUCUCUUUGCCUUAGGCUUGGCACUGGGCACUACUAUUGCCGUUGGGAUGCUUUUCUUCAUACAGAUGAAAGUUAUCCUUCGAAAUAAAACCUCAAUCGAGUCCUGGAUUGAGGAAAAGGCCAAAGACAGAAUACAGCAUUACCAAACCGGAGAAGAGUUCAUCUUCCCUUAUGACCUUGGCAGCCGUUGGCUGAAUUUUAAACAAGUCUUCACAUGGUCAGGGACACCAAAAGGGGAUGGCAUCGAAUGGCCUGUUCAUCCCAAGUGUCACCAGCACACCUUAACUAUUGAGCAGCUGAAGCAGAAAGCUGAUAAAAGAGUGAGAAGUCAGGUCCAGUACCAGGCAGUGGAGGAUUAUAAUGGAGCAUGCUGCCCUCUCAACAAGGGUCUCCAAACCUUUUUUAGAACCCCUUGCACAGAGGAACCCAGGAUUCCCCUGAGCAAGGGGGAGAACAUCCUGGCUACCCGCGGCACCAAAUGGUGGAUGUAUGGAGACAAAGUUUUGAGCGAGGAGGAAAUGAGAGCUGGUGAACGUGUAAGAGGAUGGUUUCCACGGCGAUGUGUGGAGAAGUGCCACUACGACACAGCAGCCGGUGAUGGAGCCAGUGAUAAGAAAGUCAAUUAAAACAAGUUAGGAGGCUUUAUGAAGGCCAUGAGAGUUUAACUGAGCAGAAUGUUUAGAAAGGUAGAUCCACUGAAGAUGUCAGGCCUGAUGUAGCAGGCUUUACCAUCAAGAAUUUCAUUUUUUCGUUUGAAUAUUUUCAAACAUUAUUGUACCAACUUACAUUUCUCAAGCUGCGUUAAACUCUUACUGAGCAUAUUGCUUGCAAAUGUCUCAAAUAGAUUUUUCUUUGUAAGGAUUCAAUCUGAUUCCUCUGACCAAAAGUAGAACCCAUUAAGAGUCUUAAUAUUCUGGAUUACCUACAGACUUUGAUACAACUUCAUCAUGAUUACGGGAGUUUUUUUUACUUGAAUCUGCUGUUUUUUUUGUGAUUGUUUUUUUGUUUUUUUUUCCAAUAAUGUUGUUGAUUUUUUUUUCUACUCAUGUGAUGCCUCUGCCCAGCUAACCCCAGGGCUUCAUCAUGCAACUCUUUCUACAGUAUGGAUAUAACACUUCAUUUAUUUGUAUUAUUUUUGUAAAGCAAAUUGAUGGCCUCGGACUAUAAAUUGAAAACUGAAAAAGAAAUCUUUAAUAAGAGUGGUUGUUUUGCCUCAGUUUUUGGAAUUGCCCUAAAUUCUCUUGUUUUCAAUAAGAGUGGAUUUCUGAACUGCCACUUCUCAGCAGUGGUAAACUGUGUCAUAUUGUGAUAAUCAUGCAUGCUAUCAACAUGAAACAUUCCUAAAAUUACCUUAAAAAUAGCAGUAAAUGUAUAAUGUUUUUUUAGCAAAUUGUCCUCUAAAAUUUAUCAUUAAAUACUC